AUGACAGAUGCUACAAAAUUAAGGAGUCUCAUUGGAGGCUUAAUUUAUCUUACCCACACUCGACCCGAUAUUGCAUUUUCUGUUGGUGUUAUUUUCAGGUUUAUGCAACACCCAUCAAAUAAUCACUUUGGAGCAGCGAAGCGGGUUCUUCGAUACAUUGCUGGAAAAAUGAAGUAUGGAAUUUGGUACUCUAAAGUAUCCAAUUUCAAGCUAUGCAGAUUCAUGGACAGUGACUGGGCGAGUUCGUUGGAUGACAGGCGGAGCGUAUCAGCAAAUAUGUUUACUGUAGGAUUGGGAGUAAUCACCUGGAGUUCAAAGAAACAAGCCACGACGGUAUUGUCGUCUUCAGAAGUAGAGUACGUCGUAGCAACUUCAGCCGCGUGUCAAGCAAUUUGGCUAAGAAGAAUAUUAGUGGAGCUUCAACAGGAGCAAGAGGGAGCAACGGAGAUAUUCUGUGGACAACAAAGCAACGAUAUCAAUGACGAAGAAUCCAACAUUUCAUAG